AUGGCUGAAGGCAAGCUGAACCGUCAAGGCGAACUGUGCAAUGAAACGAUGGAUUCAGACAACACCUUCUUUUCAGACAUAGACGAAAAUGAUGAAGAAGGAAACGAAGAAUAUAACUAUGGGGACGAAAACGACACACCGGUCGAAAAUAGUAUUCUCCUACGAAUCAUGGACCACUGUUCCUUAGCCGAGCUUAAGCAAUGCAUACAGCAGGCGACUGAUCGAAGACGCUACGAAGAGCGUCUGUUGGAUGGUUACAUUAAUUUCGAAUCGUUAUUUAAAGAAAACAAGCAACUGCUUCGAUACACAAACCCGGCCAACGUCGAAGAGAAACAGGAGCAGCUGAACCUGGCUGAAACAGCCCUUGAGUGCAACUAUUUGCUAGGAAUCAGUGCAACGCUCAGCAAACGAUACCUCGAUGCUGAACGAUACUUCAGUAUCGCCAGUCACAUGCUGAAGCGGAAUCGUCAGCAAUUUACAUUAGAUGAAAUCGCCAAUUGGACGAUAGAAAUAAGACGAGGGCAAGCGAAGUUGAAAUUAGCCCUGAACAGGCCAGAAGACGCCAUUGCCCUCUUAGAACAGAACAUAGAAGAUCUGAUCGAAUUCUACACCAAGUCAUCUCCGCAGAUUUUAACUAUUUUUGAAGAAAUCAUUAAAGUUCGAAUCAAAGCUACUGUUCACACCAGUCUAGAUGAUGUGCAGGAACUGAUUUACCGAACGGAAUGCCUGAUGCAUGAAAAGUAA